UUCUUAUAUAGGUUAUAUUUACUUUACCAUAAACCUUUGUAAAUAUUUGAAAAAUCGUCUAUUGAAAUCAACUGACCAAAUAGUCAAACAAAGAUAUUACAACAGCUUGUCAUUUAUACACACAAAAAAUUGCUUGUGUGUCCAUGUAAAGAGCCGACAGGUCCAUUACAAUCAUAGUUAUCAAACGGGUAAGACAAGCUUUUAGCAAGGGUAACACAUAAACAUGGCGGAUGACAUGAACUCUUUUGAGGAGAUAUUUUGUGGAACCUGGAAAUGGGACAGGGACGAGAAUCUUGUAGAAGCCAUGAGAAAAAUGAAGUAUCAAGAAGAGGAACUUCAGAUGUAUUGCAGUUUAAAACCAACAAUGACGAUUGAGCGAAGAGGCGAUUCGGUCUACAUGAAAUUCGAUAUGGGAAAGGACAUGGUUCACGACUGUCUAUUCAAAUUUGAUGAGGAGUUUGAGACAAAGGACCAUGUCAUGAAUCCGCCUUCUUUCCAUAAUAAGGAAGUAGCUUCAUUCAAAGACGGCGUACUGACUUUCAAAGCCAGAACGUUAUUGACAGGUCCAGGGAAAGUUAAUACACAAUCAGAUAUGUUUGUGAAAGAUGGAGAACUUCAUACUCCGAUGAGUCCCCUCGGUGACACUAGUUAUAACGGCAACAGAAUUUUCAAACGUGCAUAGAUUCGAACAUAAUACCUCUGACACUUAUCAUAGCAUUAUUGUAAAUAACACAACAUUAUUCAGCUACAAUAGAAGGCAGC